CGCUUCCGUUCACUUCCGGGUCGGAGGUUACGAUACACAUGUGAGCACUGAAGAAAACCGACUCGGACCAGACUACAGCAGGUUUAUCUUCAGUGGACAGGAUGGACGGGAAAGUGAAGGAGCAGAAGCAGAAGCAGCAUCAGCAGAAGCACAGCGGGCCGAAGGCAGAGAGGAAGAAGCUCAAGAAGCACGGGGGCCCCACGGAAGAGGAUGCACGGAAACGCAACCCCAAAGCGUUCGCGGUGCAGUCGGCCGUCCGCAUGGCCAAGACUUUCCACAGGUCCCAGGACAUGAAGACCAAAAAACACCAUAUCCCCCUUGUAGACCGAACUCCCCUGGAACCCCCUCCAAUUGUAAUUGUAGUAGUCGGGCCCCCCAAAGUGGGAAAAAGCACCCUGAUCCGCUGCCUGAUCAAAAACUUCACCAGGCAGAAGCUCGGCGACAUAUGUGGACCUGUAACCAUCGUCUCUGGAAAAAAGCGGCGCCUCACUUUCAUGGAGUGUAACAAUGACAUCAAUACGAUGAUCGACCUCGCAAAAGUAGCUGACCUGGUUCUGAUGCUGAUCGACGCCAGCUUUGGCUUCGAGAUGGAGACUUUUGAGUUCCUCAACAUCUGCCAGGUGCACGGCUUCCCUCGUAUCAUGGGCGUGCUGACUCACCUGGACUCCUUCAAGAACAACAAGGUGCUGAGGAAGACCAAGAAAAACCUCAAGCAUCGCUUCUGGACGGAGGUGUAUCAGGGCGCCAAGCUGUUCUAUCUGUCGGGUAUGGUGUACGGCGAAUAUCAGCUCCAGGAGGUGAAGAACCUCGGCCGCUUCAUCUCAGUCAUGAAGUUCCGCCCUCUGGUGUGGCAGACCUCCCACCCGUAUGUGCUGGUCGACCGUAUGGAGGACCUUACGGACCCGGAGUUGGUGAGGACAGACCCCAAGUGUGACCGCACGGUGUCCCUCUACGGCUACCUGAGAGGGACACAUUUGAAAAACAAAGGCCAGGUCCACAUCCCAGGUGUUGGAGACUUUCAGGUGGCGGACGUGAACUUCCUGCCGGACCCGUGCGCCCUGCCCGACGCUCAGAAGAAGAGGGCGCUAAAUGAGAAGGAGCGUCUGCUCUAUGCACCCAUGGCUGGCGUCGGGGGGGUCGUGUACGACAAAGACGCAGUCUAUAUCGACCUUCCUGCUAGCCACGUCAACCAGCAACAGGAGGAGAUGCGGCCCACCACAGAACUGGUCCAAUCCCUCAUUGACACGCAUGCCACCCUAGAUGCCAAGAUGGCGGCCAGCAAGGUGUCUCUGUUCAGCGGUUCUGCCACCCUGGAGCCUGAAGACAUCGGCGAGCAGAGCGGAGAGAAGGAGGGUCUUCAAGAGGAGUCUGUCUGGGACCCUAACACCCAGAGAGAGAGGAGGAAGGUGGUCUUCACGACGGAGGAUGAGGAGGACGUCAGCGGCUCCAGUGAUGAUGAAGACGGUGACAGUGAAGACAGUGACCAGGAGGAUCAGGGGGAGGAUGACGGCGAGAAGAACCUGUCCACAUUUCUCAAAGAGGCGAGAGCCAAAUGUGUCGAAACAACAAAGACUGGAGCGGGCGCUCCGCCAGUGAAGAGACCGAAACUGGAGGAGAGGAAGGGAGAGAGCGCCGAGGUGCCGGCGUUCGCCGACAGCGAAGACGACCUGGAGGUGAGCGAGGACGAGGAGGAGAGUGGGGGCGAGGAGGAGGCCGGGAGAGCGGGAGACUCCGGGCACUGUUCCGAAGAGGACGAGGAAGAGAGUGACGAUGGCGAGGAAGAGUCUGAAGGCGAAUCGGGGGAAGAUGACGUUGCAGCCGACGCUGCAAUGAAGGAGAAAAUAGCGAGUGAGGAGGAGGAGGAGGAGGAAGAAGAAGAGGAAGAGGAGGAGGUGGAGGAGGAGGAAGGGGGUCUGAAGUGGAAGGAGGGUCUGCAGCAGAAAGCAUCGGACGCGUUUCUGCGGCAACAGCAAGCUGCCCCCAAUCUGAGGAAACGGGUGUAUGGUUCAGUUGUCGAGGUAGAUGAUUCUGAGGAUGAGGAGCAGGAGCUGGGGGGGCUGUUCCGUGUCAGCCGCCCUCAGAAUAGCAAAAAGUUCCAAGCAAAUGCGGUCGACAGCUCCCGUUUCAGCCCCGACGCCUCCCACAACUGGGAACUGGAGGAGAUGCUGAACUCCAUCAGGGACUGCUUUGUGACAGGGAAGUGGGAUGAGAGCCAAGACGCCGCCACGCUGCUGAAGGAGGACGAGGAGAUGUAUGGCGACUUUGAGGAUUUGGAAACGGGAGAAGUUCACAAGGACCACACUGGGCAGAAGGAUCCGGCAGAGCAGAAUAGUGAGAACGAUGAUGAUGAUGAUGAUCAGGAAGAAAGUGUGGUGAAGGUGGACGACAAGGAGGCCAUGAAGAACAAGCGUCUGGAGAAGAAACAGAGGCUGAAGGAGAGAUUCGAUUCCGAGUACGACGACGGAGACGCCACUUACUUUGAUGACCUGAAGGAGGAGAUGCAGAAGCAGGCCGAGCUGAACAGGGCGGAGUUCGAGGAUGUGGACGAUGAGACCAGAGUGCAAUACGAAGGCUUCCGACCAGGAAUGUACGUCCGAUUAGAAAUCCCCUCCCUGCCCUGCGAGUUCGUCACCAACUUCGACCCCCAUUAUCCCAUCAUCCUGGGCGGUCUGGGCUCCUCUGAGGGCAAUGUGGGAUACCUGCAGAUGCGGCUGAAGAAGCACCGCUGGUAUCACCGCAUCCUGAAGACGCGGGACCCCCUCAUCCUGUCUCUGGGGUGGCGGCGCUUCCAGACCAUGCCCCUGUACCACAUCGAGGACCACAACGGACGCCACCGCCUGCUCAAAUACACACCGCAGCACAUGCACUGUGGCGCCUCCAUCUGGGGUCCUGUCACACCACAGGGCACCGGUUUCCUGGCUGUGCAGACGGUAGCAGGAGUUAAGGCUAAUUUCCGUAUUGCAGCCACAGGAGUGGUCCUGGACCUGGAUAAGUCUGUGACUGUGGUGAAGAAGCUAAAACUCAUCGGUUACCCCGAAAAGAUCUUUAAGAACACCUCCUUCAUCAAGGGCAUGUUCAACACGGUGCUGGAGGUUGCUAAAUUCGAAGGUGCUUCCGUGCGAACAGUAUCGGGGGUCAGAGGUCAGAUCAAGAAGGCGCUAUCUACGCCAGCAGGAGCCUUUAGAGCCACGUUUGAGGACCGCCUGCUCAUGAGCGACGUUGUGUUCCUGCGCUCCUGGUUUCCGGUGACCAUUCCGCAGCUCUACAACCCGGUCACCUCUCUGCUGCUGCCCGUCGGUCAGAAGGACAGCUGGGCGGGCAUGAGGACCCUGGGCCAGCUCAAACAUGACCUGGGCAUCCGCAACAAACCCAACGCGGACUCUCUCUACAAGCCGGUGGUCCGAGCCCAAAGACACUUCAACCGCCUCCAGAUCCCCAAGGAGCUCCAGAAGGCCCUGCCCUUCAAGAGCAAACCCAAACAGCUGCAACCCAAAGGGAAGACCCCCAGAGAUCUCCAGAGGCCCAGUGUGAUCAGGGAGCCCCACGAGAAGAAGGUGGCGGCCCUGCUCCACGCUCUGAGCACGGUCCACAACUACAAUAGGAAGAAGGCCCACACGCUGCAGCACGCCAAGCACAAGCAGUUCCUGCAGGAGAAAGGAAAGCAGGAGGAGGCCAAGCUGCAGAGACAGAAGGAGGCGCGCAAAAAACUGUACCGCGCCAUGGGCCAGGCGGACCAGAAGAACCAAAGGUCCAGUCUGAAGGGGGCGCCCAAGGACGACUAAGUCACUGGAUCUGGACUUGAGGAAAACCCUCUGCAGACUGAGAUGCUCGGUCUGCUCUUUGGACUAUUGACACGUGCUUCAUAACUUUGGCAUAAAGGUUUUAAUUGUAUUUUUUAGAUUUAUUGAUAUUAAACAUCAUCUGUAAAGGAAACGUGAUCUGA